UUUUCAUAGCUCCCUUUUCUUGCUUCUUUUGCCUCUGCAUUUUCUCAUUUGUCCAUCCAAGUAUCCAUGUUCAGUCACCUCAAAAAUCCCACUGCUACUUCUCACUGAAUUAAACCUACUUUUAUAUAACUCUAUAUAUACAUAUAUUAACCUGUCAUUCUGUUACUGACCCUCUAAUUGCUUUUACAACACAAUAUAUACACUUUUCACAUCUAUUAAAUUGCCCCCACACAUUUUAGUCCCUCACUCUCUCUCUCUCUCAAAGCUUCCUCUCCAUUUCCACUUAAAUGGCUUGCUUACACCAUCACACAAUUUCUCUUCUGUUUCUCCUGAUUCUGAGCUCGGCCCAGUUAACCCAGUUGAGAUUCAUGGCUGAAGGCAGAGCAAUUCACAACAGGGUUGGGAUUUCCCAGGCAGGAAAUGAAGAGAAGAAAGUGAUUGUAAGAGGGCAGAUAGGUUCAAGGCCUCCAAGGUGUGAGAGAAGGUGCAGUUCAUGUGGGCACUGUGAGGCCAUUCAAGUGCCUGCAAACCCCCAAGUCAAAUCAGGCAACAAAAACUCCUCUUCUGUUGCAUCCACCAUUGCUUAUGCCAGAGGUGAUGAAAACUCCAGCAACUACAAGCCCAUGAGCUGGAAAUGCAAAUGUGGAAACUCCAUCUUCAACCCCUGAUCAUGAUGAUUAACUUUUUUAAUUAUAAUUAAUUAUGGUUAAUUUAGGAGCAUUACCAUUUUUGGAUCCUGUAAAUGGAGGAUAAUUAUUAUCUUAC